AUGACGUUUAGUGAAUUGACGCCUGUGUAUCUUGACUUCAGGAAAAUCACCGAGACUGGAUAUUUAGAGUGUACUCAGAAGAUCAGAACUUACACUGGAGUAGACAGUGCCUCAGGCAAAGCUUAUAAUGCAGAUACCACUUACCAAGAAAUCUGUGUCGCAGGCACCACAAGGCAGCCUAAAGAAGGGGAGGUGCCUGGAGUGGAUUACAACUUUAUUACAGUGGAGGCGUUUAUGGAAUUAGAGCGAAGUGGAGCACUGCUAGAAAGUGGUACAUAUGAAGAAAAUUACUACGGCACUCCAAAGCCUCCAGCUGAACCUGCUCCACUUUUAUUAAAUGCAACAGACCAUAUAUUUCCUGGUGGCAUUCCAAGAGUUGAGGGGAAACGCAAGCGCAAUAAAUCUGUAAGCAACAUGGAGAAGACUGGGAUUGAACCUCCAGAGGAGGAGGAAGAGGAGAGACCAGUAAUAAAUGGAAAUGGAGUAGCUGUAACACCAGAAUCGAGUGAACAUGAAGACAAGAGUACAGAUGCCUCAGGUGAGAUUUCAUCCCAGCCUUAUACCACUCCAUUAUACUGCCUGCCAGACUCAGAGUCGAAAGACAGCACGGAUCUCAAGAAACAGCUGAAGCCUGAUGAAAAUGACGAGCUGGGGUCCUUGCCUGAUAACUGGGAGAUGGCGUACACAGAAAAAGGAGAAGUCUACUUUAUUGAGUGA